AAGAGAAAAACAUAACAAAAGAACCAAAGCUUUAAAAGCAAUUCGAUUGACCUAUUGUAAUUUGUUUUAGACUAGAGAGAGAGAAAGAAGAGAGAAAGUGUAUGAUCAAUGGCUGCAUCUAGAGAAUUUAUCAUAUGUUGCCUAUUAACACUUCUCUUGUGCAGUUUCUUCAUGAGAAUCGAGUCUGGGGCUGCUGACAUCACCAAAAAACGAUGUGGCGGAGGCGCCGGCAGUCUAGGGGACGAUAAUGAGCGGUGCGUGGAGGCGGUCAAAGAACAUGACGACAAUGACGUGGAUGAUGUUUUUAAAGUAAUUAACAAAAUGAGGAUAUAUGCUUGAUCAUGGUUCAUUAUUUAAUUAUGUUUAGGGCUACAUAAUCAUACAUUAUAUGUUCUUAAGCUCGUUUCUUUGAUUUCUGGCAUUGAUUAUUCUGUAUUUGUUAUAAUUUAAUUUUAUCUUUCUUUUUCCUUCCUUUAAUGAGAGAAAUUGUGAUCUGAACCAUGCGAUUCUAGUCAUUUUUGUCAUUCAACCUUCCAUGUUUUAAGUCAUUUAACAUCCCAUGAUUCUCUUAAUUUUUUUAGUAGAAUGUCGUUUUCUUUAAACGUUUACACAUAGGCCUGAAUGUACCUUGUAGUUUCCUUAUGUGGUUAUGUUAUAUGCCAAUGUACAUACUCCACUCUAAAAUUUCAAGAUGGGAUGAUU